ACCUUGUAACAGGAAGUGAAUCCCGGAAGUAAGCGCUCACCGAAACAUCACGUCAAAAGCGAAUCGAGCGUUAAAUUAAAGGAAUUAAACAGGCGCGCUUCAUCAUGAGGAAUCAUCUGUGACUUUAUACGUGAUAUGUGAGGAUGGUGCAGUGAAAACCGGAUCAGAUAUCAGAAGAAGAACAGUCUGGAGAUGUUGUGAACGAUGUUGAUGCGCGGGUUUAGACUGACGUGUGUUAGUGUGCGUGCAGCAGGUUUGAUUGACAGCUGAUCUCCUCGUUAUUUUGUGCAUCAGUCCUCGGAGCAGCAUGUUGAUGAGCGGCUUCUGCUCGUGUGUGUGCUGUGAUUGAUGCAGUAAGAUGUUUCCUAAGACCUCUCUGACGAGUCUGAUCGUGGGGGUCUUCCUCCUCUAUGUGCUGCAUACAUGCUGGGUCAUGUUUGGGAUCGUUUACACCAAACCCUGCGAGAAACCCCAGAGUGACAGCUGUAUCUCUCCUUACCUGGCCGGGAAACCUCGACUGCAGCUAAGCGUCUACACUGCAUUAAGACCCAAUGCUGAUGGUGGACACAGCCUGAUCCACAGAGAGGAAGAGUUUGAUGUCAACACCAGGUUUGAGAGGUCAGUCAAUGUGUCUUUGCCGAAGAAGACCCGCAAAAAUGGCACGCUGUACGCCAUGGUGUUCCUGCAUCAGGCAGGAGUCUCGCCGUGGCAGGAUCCACACCAGGUGCAUUUAGUCACGCAGCUGACCACAUACAUGCUGCCCAAACCUCCGGAGAUCAGCCUGAUCACGGGGCAGGACGAGCCGCAGAAACCAGAUCAGCAAAAGCAAAGCAGUGACUCUGAGCUGGACCGGCCCGUUUCUCACUGGCGUUCCCGGCUGACCGUGAACGUGGUGUCUGAGAACUUCCUGUUUGAUCGAGAGGCUCUUCCUGGAGACGUGCACCGCUACAUGAGAGUAUAUCAGAGCGGGAAGAAGAUGAUUUACCUGCCGCUGCUGUUUGUAGAUGAGCUGAGCAACAGAGUGAAGGAUUUAAUGGAAAUCAACAGCAGCAGCACUGAACUGCCUCUGACCAUCUCAUACGACUCCAUCGCUCUGGGGAAGCUGCGCUUCUGGAUCCAUAUGCAGGACGCCGUUUAUUCACUGCAGCAGUUUGGCUUCACUGAAAAGGAUGCUGAUGAAAUCAAGGGGAUAUUUGUGGACACCAAUCUAUAUUUCCUCGCUCUCACCUUUUUUGUGGCUGCCUUCCAUCUUUUGUUUGACUUUCUGGCUUUCAAAAACGACAUUAGUUUCUGGAAACACAAGAAGAGCAUGGUUGGGAUGUCCAGCAAAGCAGUGCUGUGGAGAUGUUUCAGCACCAUUGUGAUCUUCCUGUAUCUGCUGGAUGAGCAGACCAGUCUGCUGGUUCUGGUUCCUGCUGGGAUCGGCUCGUUGAUAGAGGUGUGGAAAGUGAAGAAAGCUUUUAAAAUACACAUCAUAUGGAGGGGCUUGACUCCCACAUUCCUGUUUGGGAAGUUGGAUGAAUCAGAGAAACGAACAGGGGAAUAUGACACACUGGCGAUGAAGUAUCUGUCGUAUCUGCUGUAUCCUCUGUGUAUCGGCGGAGCCGGUUAUGCUCUUGUGUUUGUCAAGUACAAAAGCUGGUACUCCUGGAUAAUUAACAGUUUGGUCAAUGGGGUGUACGCCUUUGGAUUCCUCUUUAUGCUGCCUCAACUCUUUGUAAAUUACAAGCUGAAAUCAGUUGCUCAUCUGCCCUGGAAAGCCUUUAUGUACAAGGCUUUUAAUACGUUUAUCGAUGACGUCUUUGCAUUCAUCAUCACGAUGCCCACGUCACAUCGGUUGGCGUGUUUCAGAGACGACGUGGUGUUCCUCGUAUACCUCUAUCAGAGAUGGCUCUAUCCAGUGGAUAAAACCAGAGUGAAUGAGUACGGCGUGUCUUACGAUGAAAAGCCCAAAGGAAAAUCCCAUAAAGACUGACAUCCUCGCAACAGAACAGCUCAGCAUUAUCUUAAGAUCAGCCAUCGGUUUCAGUAACAAAAGACAAUACUGCAUUUGUCUAUCUGAGCUCAGUUGUGCUCUGCUAAUCAGAGAAAUUUAACAGGCUUCUCACUGUUGACUCAACUGAGACACGCGUGAAGCGUCCGGCAGCGCAAACGGUUGCUAUAUCUCCAUCAAUUAUAGGACAAGAAGUAAAACUAUGACAAGCUUGGUUUAAUUUUACAGAAUGUAUUUGGAUGGGACCUUUAAAUCAGUCUCAAAUAGUGUUUUGAUAUUAAGACCAUAUCACAAGGGUGCCAAAAGACCAGAGUUUCAGAUUAAUUAUGUGAUUUGUUUUGAAUAUGGAUUCAUUUUAGUAACAUGACUGUUGGUUGUGUUCAGAGAGAAUGAUGUAUUUUUGUUUUUGCGUUUCAUUCCAUUAAAAGUGUUUCUGUGAUUCAACUGCUUAAUUACAGAGACUUAAACAGUU